AUGGCGAUUACGUACUCGACCGUCGACGGCGAGCUCGGCAGGAAAUUGGAUAAAAUGUUCGGCGUCAAAUAUGCAUUUUUGAAAGUUAAGCCCGGCAAUUGCUUGCUGCCACCGCAGUACGUUUUUGUCGGACCGAAGAUACGAGAUUUGGAGGUACGCGAGAACGACUUUUGGCUGGUUUCUUUUCCUAGGACUGGAAGUCACUGGGCACAAGAAAUGGCCUGGAUCAUAGGCAACGAUAUGAACAUUGAGAAAGCUCGAAUGACCCACGUCGCCUUAAGGACUCCACUCCUUGAAUCGUCCGCAUUGAUGGUGAACGGCUCGUUCGUGGAAUAUUUCACGAAACUCGGCGAAUCCGUGGACCAAGUGCAUAAUAUGCCAAGUCCGCGCUACAUAAAAACCCAUUUGCCGCUCGAUUUACUGCCAAAGCAGCUCAGCGAAAAGAAGCCAAAGAUGAUCUACAUCGCGAGAAAUCCAAAGGACGUGUGCGUCAGCUUUUAUCACUACUGCCGACUAUUUCACGACUUGACUUGCUCGUUCGACGAGUUUGCCGAAUUGAUGCUCACCGAUAAUGCACCCCCGAUGCCGUUCUGGAGUCAUGUCUUACCGUUCUGGGAACGUCGUCAUCAGGAUAAUAUUCUGUUUUUAACUUACGAAGAGAUGAAAAAGGACCAAGCUGCAGCUAUUCGAAAAACCGCGAAAUUCCUAAAGAACAAAAUAACGGACGAGCAAGUAAUACAGCUGUGCGAUCAUUUGUCAUUCCGUAGCAUGUCAACGAACCCAUCAGUGAAUUACGAGCAUUUGUUGGCUCAAAAGAAUACCUGUCCAAAUGAUCCUAACACCAAAUUCAUACGCAAAGGCAAAGUCGGCGAUUGGCGUCACUACAUGUCGGACAGUUUGUCAUGUCGAUUCGACGAGUGGAUAGAGAGAAAUUCGAAGGGUACCGGCCUUAAAUUUGUCAUGGAUGACUUCGAAGAUUAA